AUGUUUUUCAAACAAUCAAGUUUAACUACUCGAAAAAUUCAUUUAUUACCAACAAUUAAUUCAGCUUUACCAUUAUUUGUCGCUAUUUUGAUUCUAUGUAGUGCAACAAUAAUUCUCGGAUUUAUUUGCUUUUGUAUUCGUUUUGUUGUAUGUCAAUGCAUUGAUCGAUAUAGUGAAAAUUAUCAAAGAAAUUUAUUUAAACAACAAAUACAUGAAUUAGCUUUAGACCCAAAUAUUUAUAGAAUUGUUCGUUGA